AGCAGACUUCCUUCUAAGAAUGCUAGUGAUGUGUUGAUCAUCGUCAGUUUAGGGCGGAGAGUGUGUUGGGGGAACACAAGCCCUGUCUGCCGUGUGAAUGGUUAUGGAAGGGAUUUAGCAGACAGCACUGAGAGGUUUUGGAUGGAUUUAUGGUUACCAGCAGAGCACAGCACGUCAACCACCCAGACAAGUCACAAAACUUUGGUUUUUCUACUGGAUUAUUUUACACUGAUUUGCUUUUUAUUUUAAAGGACAUAUGUAUCGGCAAGAGCAAAUAAGAAUGUCAACUCCUGAAAGUUUGUACCGAGAAAAAAUGCAAGAAUUGCAGAAACAACUGAACUCUGUCAUGCAGAGCAUCAAUAACAACUCCAAGGUGGUCUCCUUUAUGAACUCGCCUGUGGGACAGUACUUGGAUGAGCACCCCUACAUCUCACUUUCACUCUUAAUAUUUGUUGCACUGUCUGCUAUUCCUGUUGGCCUAUUUCUAUCGCUUGUUGCUGGGACAGCAAUUGCCGCGUGUCUAGGGGUCAUCGUUCUAGAAGGUGUUAUAAUCAUUGUGGGUGGCCUUAUGUUGCUGUGUGUUCUCUGUGGCAUCAUAGUCCUAUCGUUCGGCAUUUCGGGUGUUCUAAGUGUUUGCUACAUUGCCGUUUCCAGUAUUUUGAACUAUUUGCACACGUCCAGGUUGUCGGCAAAAUAUUCGGAACCAUCAAAAGUUUUGGAACCAGGAGAUGUUUCGGCUUCAAAACCUUCUAAGAACUUUUCUGAUGAGGACUAAACUACAUGGAUAAUGUUACUACUGCCUUUAUGUUACUUCUUUAUAUGGUGGCACGUACUGUUACUUGAACAGAUUUUUUGUAUGCUUGUUUAUCUUAUUAUUUAUAUUAUUUAAAGUAUGUUAUUGUCUAUAAUCCCUUGUGAUACUGAAUGUAACUACUCGCUAUCGGUGGGCAAUGCUAUCAAACCCAAAGUCUAAUAACUCUAGUAUUCUUUUUUUUUUGUUUUUGUUUUUUUAUUAUGUUGUCCAUUUGCAAACCACACAUGGCUGUGACCUUUUGCACCCAUGCAGAUGAUUUCAGCUGAAAUGAGAUAAAUUGACCAUUUUUAUAAACCCUUUAAUGUACGGUUUUAAAUUUACCUCUGUAAUAUUUCAUUGCAUUUUCUUACAUCAUAUAUUUACAUUUAUCAUUAAUAUUUGGUGUUUUUCAGUUGAAGUUUGGAAACAAAUUACUUUUUCUUUUUAAAAGCGCAUAAGAACAUAGAGGCAAACUACAUGCUUAGUACCUCUCAAUAUUAAUAUAUAAACUCUGUAUUUUUACUGCCUUUGUAUGGUUUAAUAAUGGUUCCGUCCUUUUUUGUGACCAUUAUCUGGUCUUUAAUGCUUGUUACACUGGUCUUUUAUUAAUAGAUUGGAGAAAGUGGGUUCCGUUAAGAAUGUAUAUAUUUUUUUUUAUACUGCCAGCAGAAAAUUAAAAAGUAAAUGGACUACGCUAUUAAUUAGGAUAGAGCAAGCCCCUCCCCCAAACAUUUCUUCUAAAUGUUUAAGGCAAAGUAGCCUUAUUAAAAGAAUGUAACAAAACAGUUAAAGAAUGUAUCUUUUAUUACUUGCACACAUAUGUUAAACUUUAUUUUUAACGUUUAAAGUGUGAUGUAAUAUUAGCAGAUGAUACUGAGAGCUCCGAAUUCUCAGUGAAAAAUAAUUGUGGUUACAGAUUAGCUACGAUGUAUUCAAUGCGCUUGGUUUCUGCAAUGCUAGAUCAUCAAAUGCUGUCUGAAGAUGUGAUUAAAACGAUAAAGGGUAGAGCACUCUGAUGUUCUGGGAAAUAAAGGAGAAGCCAUGGGACCUAAUGGGUUACAGGGCAACUGUAUCAAGAGUUAAACAAAACAUGUAAGUGGGCAGGAAGAGCAACAUGUAAAUAAAGCGUUUUUACUGUAACUGCAAAAGAAGAAAAA